AGCAAACUCAAGCAGAUGUCCUUCAAGAAGAAUGGUGGUCUUCUACUGCAACAGCAAAUCUCUUCAAGUAGUAUAGGAAGUAGCGUUGAGAAAACAAAACUCUAUACCAUAGAAGAGUUGGAGAAGGCAACAAACAAUUUCAAUGCAGGUAGAGUUCUUGGAAAGGGAGGUCGUGGUAAAGUAUACAAAGGGAUGCUAUUAGAUGGAAGCAUAGUGGCCAUUAAGAAAUCAAUUGUAGUUGAUGAAAGGCAAGUCGUUGAGUUUAUCAACGAAGUUUUCAUUCUUUCACAGAUUAACCAUAGGCACAUAGUGAAACUGUUAGGUUGCUGUUUGGAGAGUGAAGUUCCUUUACUGGUUUAUGAAUACGUCUCCAAUGAUACUCUCUCCCACCAUCUCCAUAAUGAGGACCAUGCAUCAACAUUGUGUUGGGAAGAGCGCUUGCGAAUUGCAGAUGAAAUUGCAGGAGCCCUAGCAUAUUUACAUUCAUAUGCUUCUACAGCUAUCCUUCAUAGGGAUAUCAAGUCUAGGAACAUACUGCUGGAUGAGAACUUCAGGGCUGUGGUUUCUGAUUUUGGACUUUCAAGGUCAAUUGCCCAUGAAAAAACACACUUGAGCACAUUAGUGCAGGGCACAUUUGGUUACUUGGAUCCAGAGUAUUUUCGGUCGGGUCAGUUUACAGACAAAAGUGAUGUAUACGGGUUUGGGAUGAUUCUUGCUGAACUUCUCACGGGUGAAAAAGUGAUUUGUUCUAGUAGAUCUGAAGAGAGUCUAGCAAUUCAUUUUAGAUUGGCAAUGAAACAAAAUUUCCUGUUUGAAAUUCUAGACAAGGUGAUAGUGAACGAAGGUCAGGAAAAGGAGAUUCUUGCUGUUGCUAAAAUUGCUAAGAGAUGCCUGAAGUUGAGUGGGAAGAAAAGGCCAGCCAUGAAAGAAAUGGCAGCAGAUCUCCACCAAUUGAGGAGGACUAUGAAGCAGCCAUCACUUAAGCAGACCUGCCAGGACAACUGCCCUGUAAGUGGAAGGUACUCCUUUUCUUCCGCAUCCACAAGUGCAGUUACAGAAGAGUAUGCACUUCAAGGCUAGGAGUUUCCUAGACCAUAUUCCAUGACUGCUGAACGCGUCAAUUGGAUACCGAAAGGUUUGUGAAACCAAGUUCAUGUAUGUUUCUACUGUCCACUUUAUCUAAUGGCUGGAAAAUUUUAGGCUCUAUGACUUUGACUCCAUUAAUAUUACAUGUUCGAAUUUGUUGUUCUUAAUCUGUA